AGGGCUCGGCACGCCCCGCGCGCCCUGCCCUCGCUUCCCGUGCGGUGGUCCACACCCAGGGACCCCUCGGCGUGGGGUGGCGCCACCCAUGGCUGGCGGCCAGGGCCCCGUGUGGAAGGACCCGGUGGCCUCGCCGGGGCUGCCCGCGGAGCUGGGCGCCAGCUGCGCGGGAGCGUCGUGGAGCGCCACGCGCUCCACGGGCCCCGCCAGCCCGGGCGCUGCCGCGCUGGAGCGGAUGUGCCUAGGCGCAAGCGACUACUCCGCGGCCAGCGCUGGCCUCGCCGCCUACCAGCAGCUCAGGCGCGCCGACGCGCACUUCCCCUCGCCGCCGCCCGCCGCCCCGCGUGCGCACUGCGGCGGCAGCGCGGCGCUGCGCCAGGCUGGGGCCUCUGCGCCAGCGUCCUGGAUGCCCCGCUCCCCGGAGCUGGGCCGCUCAUUCAGCAACCCCGCGAUGAUGCUGGCGCAGAGCCGGAGCUCCGACGGUGCCUGGGCGCGCGCCGCCGCGCGCGCUGCGUCUCCGGCGGCGGCGGCGCUGUCGGGCUGGCCGGGCCGCGGCACCGCGCACGCGCCGGUCGC